CACGGGGGCAGCGAGGGCAGGAGCCGCGGCCGGGCACGGGAAGCACUGAAGGCCCGGCCGCCCCGCACCGGUGCCGGAUGGACUCUGACCCCGGAAGAGCCGGCAGCGUGGGGCCCUCCUGGUGCCGGUGAUGCGGCAGCUCCCGGCGCGGCGCCCCGGCUCACCAUGGCAGACCCCUGCAGCGUCCCCCCCGAGGUCCUGGUCCCCGCCACCAACCAGACACUGGAGCUGGCACUGGGCGCCCGCGUGGUGCUGAACUGCACCGUGCGCUGGGUGGGCACCGGGCUCUGCCAGCACAGCCCCGCAUGGAGCAAGGACGGGCAGUGGCUGGGCAACGGCAGCAGCCAGGACACGGCCUGGUUUGCCCCGAAUGCCUCGGAGCAGCUCCUCAGCAGCGUCCUGCAGCUCAACCUCACACAAGACAGCGACUUCGGGGUGUUUGCCUGCUGGGUCAGCAAUGCCACGGCCACCUUCACCCUGCGGAGAGCAGAGCUGGCAGGGCACGUGCCCGCGGUGCUGGCAGCCCUCCUGGUCCUGGUGCUCCUCAUGCUGGCCGCCGGGCUCUACGUGCGCUGCCGCCUGAACGUGCUCCUCUGGUACCGGAACCGCUAUGGAGAGCUGGAGAUCAACGACGGGAAGCUCUAUGAUGCCUACGUGUCCCACGCCCCCGCCCCGGAUGACCGCAAGUUCGUCCACUUCAUCGUGAAGCCGCAGCUGGAGAACCGCUACGGAUACAAGCUCUUCCUGGACGAGCAAACCAUCCUGCCCAACGCAGAGCCAUCAGCAGACCUGAUCAUGAACGUGAGCCGGUGCCGGCGCCUCAUCGUGGUGCUCUCCAUCGCGUACCUGGAGCAGGACUGGUGCAACAGCAGCUUCAGGGAAGGGCUCUGGAGGCUGCUGGAGCUUUCCAAGAAACCCAUCUUCAUCGUCUUCGAGAGCCAGUACCGGGAGAUCCACCACCCCGCCAUCACCCUGCUGAGGCAGCACCGCGGCGCCGUGACCCUGCUGCUGUGGCGAGCAGGCUCCAUGACCCCCUCGUCCGACUUCUGGAAGGAGCUGUGCCUGGCCCUGCCCCGCAGGGUGUCCUUCCAGGGGCCCGUGGGGGACCCGCAGACCCAGCUGCAGGAGGACAAGGACCCCAUGCUGAUCCUGCACAGCAGCUACCUGGACAGCGGCGAAGACCUGCACCCGGAUGGGGACCUGGGCCUCCGGGAGUGCGUGUUCCGGAGCCUCCCUCCGCCGCGCCUCGCCGCGCCGGUGCCUGCCGGGACGGGGCAGCCGCAGCUCAGGGACGGGCAGAGAGCAGAGAUCGACGUCUCGGACCUGGGGUCCCGCAACUACGGCGCCCGCACGGACUUCUACUGCCUGGUGACAGAGGACGACGUGUGAGCGGGGCCCUCCCCACGGGCUGCGUGGACACAGCAGGGCUGGGGGAGCCCGGGCUCUGCCGUGGGACCACAGCCAAGGUCGCGGUAGGAAAAGGAUCCUUCCGGCAGCACGCCCCAUGGUGGGAAACCAUCACCAAGGGACACCGCAGCCCAUGGUGCCUGGGCACCUUCGGGUGCUGGGCCCCUCUCCUUCACCCUGUGCAGCAGGGGCGUUUUUCUGCCUGAUGGACCAGCACUGGGAUGGGGGAUGCUCUGAGAAGAAACAUGCCCCAGUGCCAAGGGAAUGGCCUGCUGGGGGUGGCUGUGGCACCCCCUCUUCCAUGGCAACCCCCGUGGCAAUAAAACGCUGCUGCACAGA